CCGCAGCCUUUGGCUCGACGCUCUCGCAGGGGCGCCCGCCGCGCCCGCCGCGCCCCGAGAGGCGCGCCCGCAGGGCGGCGCCCCGCCCCGCCGCUGGCCUCCCCGAGGGCCCCGUGCGGCGGGCAUAUGCGGUGGCGGCUGCCCUGGGCGCUGCUGGCGCUGCUGUGCCCCUCGGGCGGCGUGACGGAGUCGGAGCUCCCAGGGCCGACGCCGAGCAGCGGCGACGAGCUCCUGUGCAAGCUGAAGAGAUCCGUGAAUUUCAGGGACAUGUUCGGCGUCCACAAGUGGAACUCGCCGAGGCUCUUCGCCCCCAACCCGACGACCACCUGCGCCGUGGUCAGCAGCAGCGGGGUGCUGAGGGUCAAGGAGCACGGGCCAGAGAUCGAUGCGGCCGACCGCAUAUUCAGGUUCAACCAGGCCGAGACGAAGGGCUGGGAGGAGUACGUCGGGUACAGGAAGGACGUGACCAUCUGGAAUGACAUCGCCCUCCUCAAGCACGAGGACGCCUGGGAGACGCACGCCGGCGGGGUUUACGUGCAGUUCCUCAAGUUCGAUGAGGAGCUCGAGAAGGCCACCGCGCUCCGAAAGGACGACGACGAUGGCGUGACAUUCCUCAUCGUCUGGCCCAACAGUCUGGAGUCUGCGGUCAGGGAGUUCUUCGCAACUACAUAUCCGGAGGAGUGGUUCCCCAAGCACGUCAAGUCGGUGUUCAACCCGGACCAGGGCGACGCCGACUCGGACGAGCUGAAGCAGAGGUUCGCCCCGUCCACCGGCGUGAUGGGCAUGCUGUUGGCCCUCACCAUGUGCGGCGAAGUCAGAACGUACGGCAUGGCCGCGUCGAAGGCAGAGCUGGACGACACCCUGCCCUACCACUACUGGGACGAGGACGCCAAAGGCGGAGCCAACGCCCACACAAACAACUUCCACGUGACGAUCAGCGCGGAGAAGGACCUGUGGAGGCGGCUCUCCAGCACCCCGGAGAGCGUCAUAGACGAGACGGCGACCGCCGUCAUUCCAGGCUUCUCGGCCGUCGACUGCGCCAGCUUCGACGGCGAGAGCUGGCCGCCGGAGCUGGAGAUCUCGCCCUUCGGCUCCUCUUUCUCGUUCCGGGGCGGGCGGACGGGGAAGUUCUGCACCGACGCCGGGGACGACGGCGUCAUGUGCUUGGCGGACUCCGCGGGAGAUAUGGAGAAGUUUGUCUUGGUCAACGCUGGCAGUGGCAAGGUUGCCCUGGCCGGGCCAAAGAAGAACAAGUACUGCACCCUCGCCUUCGAGGAGGACGCACUGAUGAAGUGCAACGUGGACAGCAUCGGCGGCUCCCGGGAGACGUGGAUCCUGGAGGACGCCGGGCUGGACGAGAACAAGCUGAGGCAGUUCACCCUGAAAGGUGGCGACGGCCAAGACAAGUACUGCGCCGACACAGGGGAAGCGCUCAAGUGCGACCGCGACCAGGCCAACAGCUCUGAGAAGUUCUGGCUCGAGGCUGUCGAGGACACGCUGCUCUCGGGGCUGUCGGAGGCCCGCCGCCGCGCUGGCCGCGGCGCUCGCGCUGGGCGCCCGCCGAAGGCGACGGCCUGGCGCGCUGCUUCGGUCAGGGUCGUGCGAGGAGGAGGAGGCGGAGGCGUGCAACACCGCAUUGUGAAGCGACAAAGCUCGGUGCACUCAUUUUCCGGUGUUGCUUCCUCCUGCAGCCGCCCUCUGCAGCUUUAUCAGAGAGAUGUUGUAGUAGCAGUAGUUAGGUUUGCGGCAAUUCAUGGCAGAGCGGUUGACCACUAA